UCAGCAGGCUUUAUAACGAGGAGGCGUGAUUGUUACAAACGCAGCAAGAAACUCAGCGGAGUCAGACACAACCUGAAGUGAAAGGUUGAAUUCUUUUAUACCAACCAUGACAACCAGUAGCGUUAUUGACGAAGAACCUGAGUCGUCUUGGCUUCCAGCAGCACUUGUACAAGUCACUUCAAAUAUUAUUAGUUGCACCCUGACCAUUGCUUACAUUGCAAUCGGGGCAGUAUACCUGCACGACUGUCCCCGGCAGCCGUACAUCCCCAUCUAUCUGAUCGUGUUGGGGGUCUUUGGCGUCUUGCUGUCAGUGCUCCGCUGUCUCCCCGGCACCCAGCAGCCCAGAGAUGGGCCCCACACCUCCCUGAGCAGGGUCUGCACAUCCUGGAAAUUGCUGAUGUUCACCUUCCUCUUCUGCUGGUUUAUUGCUGGUAAUGUGUGGAUCUACUCCAUUUAUCAGCCAAACUACGACAAGAACACGUCUGUCGAUCCCCACUGCGACAAGACGCUCUACCUGUUCUCCUUCUGGAUCACCACGCUGGUCUACAUCUUUCUGGGCUUGGCCGUGACCAUCAAACUCUGUGUCUGCAUGUGUGCCUGCAUCUGUGGCCUGUGCCCGGGGACAUCGUCUACUACUACUACUACUACUACUAGUCGUACUAUUACUACUGUUGGUGCCACUACUACUACUAGUCGUACUAUUACUACUGUUAGUUAGUGCCAUUUAGCAGACGCUUUUAUCGAAAGCGACUUACAUCUGAGAGACACACAAGCAAGAAAUCACAUAGGAGGUCCAGCUGGAUCAGUGCUGGUCGGUCUGCUGGGUGCUAUUUUUUUUUUUUUUUUUGUUAUGAUUUGUGUUUGUUUUUUGGUUGAAAUGUUAAUUCCCCACCCAACACAACAGUCACUUUAUACAAGAAAACUAGAUCUUAAAAUUCCCCAUCAUAAUAUCAUCUUGUCAUAAGUGCAUGCAGCUUUCUCAGUGCUGAGUCCUGCAAAGAGCUGGAUGAAUAUUCUAACUCAUUCUGAUGAGCAGAGAGACCAGAUCUGACAGAGUUUUGUAGGUUAUUCCACCAUCAGGAACAAUGGAGGAAAAGAGUCUAGCUACUGAUUUCACGCCACGUUGUGGUGGAAGUACCAGCAGUCUUUCACUGGCUCAGCGGAGCAACCCAGGAACCUUCUUGCUGUGAAGCAACAGUGCUAACCAGUAAGCCGCUGUGCUGCCUCGCUAUGGAAACACAUCUGACAUUAAAGUUCAUAAUCUGUAACAUAUCUGAUUCUAAAAUCUUUUAGACUUUUUUGAAAAUACUUGAUGGCAGGAUGUCUAAACAGUAAGAGGAGGAGUUCAGUUGACGUAAGAUGUCAUCCAGGUCUUUGCCAUUGAUGGGAUGAAACUAUAUCAUGGUGUUUGAACUGGUUUUCGGUGGACACAGUACAUAUCCUCAAUCUGCUGCUGACGUACCAAUUGAUUGUCUAAUAUUUUUGAUUUUGGAAUACAAUGCUAUUCCAACCUCAGACUAACUUCAGGUGUCAGCUUCCUGGCAACGAUGAACAGGGAACAGGACGUGGUACGACGCUUACCUCCGCCACUUUUUAUUUGUGGAUUUGUGGAAGACGAAUGAUUUAAAAUGUGAGUGUAUUUUUCUGUGUUAGUUACAACUGAAUGAUAU